AAAGCUUAAUUUUUUUAAAUUCUAUAUCGAAUGCAAAUAAAUAUCAAUGAUAAGUAAUUUAUAUCGAAAGUUUAGUGAUCUCACAGAGUUUGUCUUUGUGCAGUUGGCAAUAGCAAUUUAACGGACUGCUCGUUGGAGAUUUAAAAGUUGAGUCCGUUGUUUCGCGGACGUGCAUGAACGUGACGACGAUUUUCCGUACAAUAAUAAUGUCUUUUACUUGACAGAAAUUGAUAAAAAAAAAAACUCAUAGAAGUACUAUAUAAUUUCCAUGAGCGAUAUAAGGUGAAUGUGCAAGUAAACUCCAUACACUCUUUCUUUAAUCCUUAUCAAAAUUUAUCACGUGUUUAUCAGUUGAUAUUAUUUUUUCCUCUUGUUUACCUUUUUUGAAGGACGUGAUCAUCGAAGACUACGAUAUCUGCAAGGCGGUCCUUACCCAAAAUCCUUACUCAAAAAUAAAAAAAGAGGUGUAAGAGGAAUCCGAAAAAAUAAAAGGAAUUAAAAAUGACGUCUAACUGGAAUAUGGGGGCUUCGGUGUGCGAUUCACAAAACUUUACGUUACGACUCUCUGAGGGUUCUACUAUAGAAGAAAACCUUUCGUUAUCACAUUUCAAUAUGAACAAGGAGACGGAAGAUGUCAUUGUGAUUAGCGAUUCCAGUUGUAGCUCAUCACCUGAACGCCCUGAUAAGUCAAAAUGGAAAUCCAGUUUGUCUUCUAAGGAUAACAAGAAAAAAGAAUAUGGGGAAAUUAUUUUGGAUAGUUCUUCAGACAGCGAAGAUGAUAAAAAGAAGUUAAAUCCUUUGAAAAAACCUGUUAGAUAUGACAAUAAAUUUGCAGAUCUGAGAUCUGUAAAUAAAACUGUUAUACAAAUUGAUACUAAGACAAUUGAUAAUAAGACAAAUGAGGCAUUAUUAAUUUCCAAUGAUACUUUAUUGACUUCUGAUAAAUCAUCAGAUGUAUUUUUCACUUGUAAUGAUACCUCAUCAAGUAAUGACAAGACUGCGAUCAGUAAAGAUACAAACUAUGGUAAGAAUCAAUUAAAUAAAUUUAAUGUUAGAAGCCCUAUAUUAAUGCAUGAACAAGAAAUAAAUUUGAAUUCAAUUGGACAAAGUGCUAAAGAAACAAAUAAAAUAAUUAAAGGUGCCACAUACAAUAGCUCUAAUAUUUCGAGUAGAAAGAAUAAACAUCCAACUUGUAAAACUCCACAAGAUAGUACAGGAAAAGUCAGACUGACGAAAAAAGACGCUCGUAAAAUUUUUAGAAAUAUUAAAGGUACGCAAGUUGCAUAUAAUACUCCAAAAGAGAAAAAGGAAAUUAAUGUAAUAAUUGAUGAGAGUAUAGAUGCAGAUGAGGAUGAGAUACAUCCAGCAUUGUCAGCUAGUUAUAUUAAAAAAGUACAACAUCUCAAUGGCAGUCCUGAUGUCAUUGAAUCUAGUCUUAAGAAUCAUAUUAUUCCUGAUUCACAAAUGGAUUUGUCUGAAUCAUCCAAAACAGAUGACAAAUAUCUUGACAUGCCACAAGAAGAGGAUCUUUACAGACCACUGUCCGAGAAGAAAAAGAAACAAAUUGCAGAAUGGCUAACAAAUUGCAGAAUAUCUGAUUCUCGAAGUAGCUCCUCCAGUAUCAUACCUCCAAGUGUUACUUGCAGCAAUUCUGGAAAUAGCAGUCUAGAAAGAUUAGAACUAAACUAUGAAACUCCAAACAAUCGAAAAAAAUUUAACAAAACACGGACUGAUGAGAAACAAAGGACAAUUAUAGACUCCGACAGAAUAAUUAAUUCAUUUUUGACACGGCAAACUACAUUGGAUCAAUUUUUUAAAAAAUCCAAGAAUAAUACUGAAUUUCGUACACCAAAUAAUAAACCAAAGCUGCUAAAAGCGCAAACUGAAGUUAGAAAAACAUCUUCAGCAAUAAACGCACAAAUCAAAGAUGUAGCACAUUAUGUGGAUAUUUUAGAUAAAUUAUAUGGUACAUCGUGGAGAGAUAAAGCUGAUGUAUUACUUCCAACUGAGCCACAGAAGACAUGUGUUGAAACGAUAAACAGAAUUGUCCAAACUGAACGAAAACCUGUAUCAAAGAAUAAGUAUCAUAUAAUAGAUUCGGACUCGGAUAAAUCUAAUUUUGUGAAAAAUAAUACCAAAUCAAAUCAAGAAAAGAAUAUCCAACGAAAACAAAAGAAAGUAAAUAGUUUUAUUGAUGAUGAAUCAUCAGGUAAUGACAGCGAAAGUACAUAUCAUCGUGCAUUAACAAAUCCUAUAAGUUUUUUUACAAAUAGUACGAGUAAAACCAUACCGGCGCCAGCUUCAAUUAAACGACUACAAAUGAUAUGUGAUACAGAUACUGAAAGUGAAGAUGAUAAAUCCAAUAGUGAUGCUAAGAGGAAUUUGAAUAGAAGAAAAUUAUCAUUUAGCGAUAAUGAGAGUUCUAGCACGAGCGAGUAUGAUCCUGGAGAUUAUAUACCACCGAAGUACAUACAUAAGAAAGAAGUUAAGAAACCACAAUCAUUCAAAGAUGCAUCUAGAUCGAAUGCAACAACUAAGUUUGUAGGACAUCAAACUUUUCUGGCAUCUUUAUCGAAUGAGAUUCCAAUGAACAAUGCUCAUCCAAAUGCAAAAAAAUAUAGAUUGAAUUACAAAAAUAAUAAAGAGGAAUUGUGUAAAGAAUUGUACAAAUUAUAUAACAAAAAAGUAUUUGAUAAUAAGUUGCCUAAAGAUAUGUCAAUUGAAUGGAACAUUCGUAUGAGAGGAACUGCUGGAUAUUGCUAUAAUAGAAAGACUGUAAAAAGUAUCAGUGGUAUCGCUAGGUCCUCGAGAAUUGUUUUAGCAACAAAGAUUUUAGAUACACCAGAUAGAUUAAGAGAUACUUUGAUUCAUGAAAUGUGUCAUGCUGCAUCAUGGCUAAUAAAUAAUGUUUCAGAUGGUCAUGGACCUUUCUGGACAGAAUGGGCUAAUAAAGCAAUGAAGAUUUUUCCGGAGUUACCACCAAUUCGUCGAUGUCACGAUUAUCAAAUUAAAACUAAAUUCACAUAUAGAUGCACAGGUUGUGGAUACAGUAUUGGAAGACAUUCGAAAUCUUUGAAUAUUGAAACAAAGCGAUGUGGCUAUUGUUAUGGACAAUUUGAAUUGUUAAUUAACAAAACGACAAAGUCUGGUACUAUACAGAUGCAAACGCCAAAGAGAGAGCCUACUGGUUUUGCACUUUACGUAAAGCAAAAUUAUAACUCGAUAAAGAAAGAAAAAAACAUGAGACACGCUGAUGUGAUGAAGCUUUUAGGUCAGCAAUUUUCGGCAAUUAAAAUAACCAAGAAAGAUGACAUAGUUAAUGAUUAAACGCGAUCUUAAAUGUUAAAUUUAUGUACAUUUUUAGUUAUAAUAUUUUUAUAAGCG